UGUGUGUGUGUGUGCACGGCAGCGAGGGCAGAGGCGGUAGCGCCGUGCAGCAGCGCGCCGGGGACGAAGCCGGGACCGCGGCCGGAGGAGGAGCUGCGCCGCGCAGGGAGCCCCACCGAGCCGCCGGGCGAGCGCGGCCACAGCGAGGCGCAACAGGAGGGGUGGCGGCGGGCGAUGGCGGCCAGCGGCGAGACCGCCCGCUGAAAGCGAAGCUGGGCGAGUCGGUGGCGCAGAGCGGGGCAGAGCGGGAGGGAUGCGGGCGGAGGAGCCGCUGGCGCUGGCGGCCCCGCGGGCGGGCGGCGGCGAGGCGGAGGCGCCGGGCGAGGAGCGGAGCGGCGGGAGCUGCUGCAGCAGCGAGCGGCUGGUGAUCAAUAUCUCGGGGCUGCGCUUCGAAACGCAGCUGCGGACCCUCUCCAUCUUCCCCGACACGCUGCUGGGCGACCCCAGCCGCCGGGUGCGCUACUUCGACCCGCUCCGCAACGAGUACUUUUUCGACCGCAACCGGCCCAGCUUCGACGCCAUCCUCUACUACUACCAGUCCGGAGGGCGGCUCCGCCGGCCGGUCCAUGUGCCCCUCGACAUCUUCCUGGAGGAGAUCCGCUUCUACCAACUGGGCCAGGAGGCCAUUGAGACUUUCCGGGAGGACGAGGGCUUCAUUCAAGAGGAGGAGAAGCCCUUGCCACAGCAUCACUUCCAGCGCCAGGUCUGGCUGCUCUUUGAGUACCCCGAGAGCUCAGGGCCAGCCCGGGCCAUCGCCAUUGUCUCCGUGCUGGUCAUCCUCAUCUCUAUCGUUAUCUUCUGCUUGGAGACCCUGCCUGAGUUUCGGCAGGAGCCCAAGGGCCCCCAGCCCGGCUUUGGGGAAGCGGCGCCGCCCGGCGACGAGGCGCUGCUGCCACCGCCGGCGGCGCCAAGCGGGACUCCGCCGCCCCUGCGCACUGCCGCAGGCGCCGGACCCUUCUUCACCGACCCCUUCUUCCUCAUCGAGACCUUGUGCAUCAUCUGGUUCUCCUUUGAGCUCCUCGUCCGCUUCUUCGCCUGCCCCAGCAAGCCCGAGUUCUCCCGCAAUAUCAUGAACAUCAUCGACAUCGUGGCCAUCAUCCCCUACUUCAUCACCCUGGGCACCGAGCUGGCCCAGCAGCAACAACAGAAGCAGCAGCCUGGGAGCAGCAGCAACAAUGGGGGCCAGCAGCAAGCCAUGUCCCUGGCCAUCCUCAGAGUAAUCCGCUUGGUCAGAGUCUUCAGGAUCUUCAAGCUCUCCAGGCACUCCAAGGGGCUGCAGAUCUUGGGGAAGACCCUCCAGGCCAGCAUGAGGGAGCUGGGCCUCCUCAUCUUUUUCCUGUUCAUCGGGGUGAUCCUCUUCUCCAGUGCUGUCUACUUUGCAGAGACUGAUGACCCUGACUCCCUGUUCACCAGCAUCCCUGAUGCUUUUUGGUGGGCCGUGGUGUCCAUGACCACCGUGGGCUAUGGUGACAUGUAUCCCAUGACAAUUGGCGGCAAGAUUGUGGGCUCCUUGUGUGCCAUCGCAGGUGUGCUCACUAUUGCCCUCCCUGUCCCUGUCAUCGUGUCCAACUUCAACUACUUCUACCACCGAGAGACUGAUCAUGAAGAGCAGUGCCAGUACACCCAUGUCACCUGUGGCCAACAGCAGUCACCCUUCUCUGAGCCCAAGAAGGGGGACAGUAAUCAAUCUCUGAGCAAAUCUGAAUUCCUGGAAGCAGAAGACCUGGAGUCCAUGAAAUAUUCCAACUUCAUUCCUCCCAACAACCAGGGUUAUAAAGAGAAGAAAAUGCUGACAGAAGUGUGAUCAGUUUUGUUAGCCUGGGUCCAGACAUGGAGCUGCAAGCUGCUGCACAGCCGUCUUCUUACUAGCAGCUGGAUCUAUUCAGCAUUUACAUGCCAGACUGUGAACUGUGAUACUGUAAACAGAAUGAUCGUGAUAAUGGGCUCUUCUGUCCUGAUUUGCUGUUUCUCAUUACCAUGUGCAGCCAGAAAUGUUCUUGCUUUAUUCUGUGGAGUGCUAACUGUCAUCCGCCACUCCCUUGUGAAUUUCUUUCUCUGUUUUUGAAGACUGCUUUAAUUCACCAUUUGCGGUGAAACUUUGCCUGUCUACUCCGCUAGCAGAGAAGCCCUUAACACUACUUCAGCUGAAGGAUUUAGAAGGGAGUAAACAGUUAAAGGGGCUACAAACAUCUGCCUCGAGCUGUGCCCAUGGUUCCUGUGCCAGUGCAGUGCCCUUGGCUGUGGAAUAAGUCACGCCUGCCAUGCCAUUGCCUUUGAAUAAUGGAAAUGCUGUAUCCAGCAUCACAGUGAGUUCUGCAGCUGUAAGAGAAAGUCAGCAAGUAGAUGCCUGCCUUCUUUGCAACACUUGGCAUGCUGAAGAUCCUCUUGGUUUGUGUUUCAAAAAAGAUGCAUAGAACUAAAAGCUCUUUGCUACUUGUGACCAUGUAUGAUUUAUCAAAAACAGGCUUAUAGAAAUCAACAGGCUUGGUGAAGAUUCUCUGUGUUUUUCAGCUUAUUUCAGCCAUAUUUUUGUCAGUGCCCUGAUGUUACUUGGCUUUUAUUGUACCAACUUAAUCUUCAUAGUGGUAAGUGCCUUCUGAAGCAAGGCACAUUUGAGUAAGUUCAUUUGUUAUCUCCACACAAUAUUGUUUAAUGAAAUGUGCUUUGUGCUUCAGAUACUCAGUUCUGUAGUCAGGCAUGUGAGAGCAAUUGACUUCACUGUGGAUUUAUUGAAGCAUUUGUAUAGGUUAGGGAAGUUUGCCUGUUGGUAUUUUGUUGACAUGGCUAAAAUCCUGGACCACAGACAGCUGCACCUCUGCUGUCUAAAGCCUGCACUGAUUUAGAGGGUCACAAGCGUAAAAUGCCCCAGGGUAAAGUGUGUCAGCAUUUGAGACUGAAAUUGGCACAGAUACAAACUUCCCUAAGCCAUCUGCACAAACCCAACAGCAUACCCCAGACCUUUCAAAUGAGGGGAGAAACAGCUAGCCUAGGAGACAUGCUUUUGCUGCAUUACUCAUCUAGCCAGUUCUUGGUAUUUCAUGGACAGAAGGCACAGGAAUGUCUUUUGCAUGAACUAGGUUUUAUGAGAGCCAUCUAUGCUAGCAAUGCAAAAUGCGUAACUUGCCCUGCAGUGCUGGGUUUGCCAAGGGACCAAGGGGUUGCAUCUUAAAAUGCACAUUUUGCUUCCCAGAUCAUUUUAGGUUUUUUUAAUCAGCUCUGCCUUACCCCAAACCUUAGAGUGUUUCAAAAGCUGCCAGUGGGUGAGAAGGAGAAAUGGAUGUUUUCAGAUUCUAUUGGCAAAUUUGCCUGCAAGGGAAAGUCUUUGUUGUUUUAAAUCUAAGUGUAUACUCUGCAUUCACAUGUGUGCAUGUGUAUGAAAGCAAAGGCAGCCAUUAAUGCCUUGCAUCAUACUGUGUGAUAUGCGUAUUAGAAUGUACUACAUAUUGCAUGUGACUCAUGUAAUACAUAAACCAGACAUACUAUCAAGAUGGAAAAUAUAUAGAAUACACUUUAUAUUAUGCUUUUCAACCAUAAGACUAAGAAUGCUAAAGGACUAUACUGUAAUAUAGUCAGAAUAGGCUAUAGAACUGGUUGUGAGAUUC